AUGCUUUACCCGAUUCAAUCGCGAGAGCGGACCACCAACAUACUGAAGUGGAUGCUCUGCUCGAGACGGCCACUGAGGGUCAUAGAACUUCAGGAUGCCAUCGUAUUUGCCUCGGGAGCCGUCUCGUUAUCGGAGAGAUCAAAACUCCCACCAAACAUCGUGGACCUCUGCAAACCCCUGAUACAGACGGAUGAUAAUGGGCAGAUCUCUUUCGUCCAUUUCACUGUCCAAGAUCCUCCGAAGACAUUGCAACAGAACCGGGCCGCCGCAGGAAUCCAUCAUUUCAUCCAGCACUAUCUUGUCCAGCAGCAGCAGGGCAAGAUUCCAGCUGGCUGGCAGAAGGGCACACCGCCAGAAGAGCGCGGUCGGCUGGGCUUUCAGUUCUUCACUCAGUACCGUCUGCUGAAGCCUGAGAUCGCCGAAGUCGAGUCCAUGCGCGCCGCCCUCCAGUACGAGACACAGACCUUUGUGUCUUCAAAAACAAAGGACAAAUACGUCUCAAACAUCAAACAAAAGCUCAUCAUCAUGACGACAGCACGGCAGCAACAAUUGCAGCAACGAGUGCAGCAACCAGCACAGCAACCAGCACCUUCACUAUCGGCGAUACGGGCACUGCUGCAAGCAGCGCAGGGGACAGAACAAUAUCCCAUCUCUAGAGGAGCUCCGAGCCCAAGUUCGCGGUCAUCUAGUCCUGCAAGUGUCCACACGCCUGAGAGUGUUUCCACGACGCUGCCACUCAGAAAACCACUCCAUGCGCCAUGGUGGAGUGAACAAAUUCGCCUCAGGGUCUACGAGCGUAAAACAAAUGACUGGCUUGAUAAAGGCACUGGCAUCUGCCAUGGAGUAAUAGAUUCGAAAGAAGAUGUGUUUAUCGUGGUUACGGGUGAGACGCGCGAACAUCUACUCCAGAUGGAAGUCUCCAAAGAUGACCGGUAUGAGAAACAGCGGGAUACACUCAUUUUAUGGACCGAUAAAGCUGGCAACGUCAUGGCUUUGAGCUUUGAAAAGCCAGAAAAAUGCGCUAAAAUUUGGGACCUUGUGACCGAAGCGCAAAGACGCCUUCAGGAUGGAGUACCACUUCGUUGA